AUGGGCAAGUACAUCCAUAGUGACAACAUUGUGGUGGAAGACAAUUGUAGUGAUGUCAUUCAGAGGAUCCUUCCACCAAAAUACAAGGAUCCAGGGACUGUCACUAUUCCAUGCUCUAUUGGUGUUGUGUCAGUUGGAAAGGCGCUUAUUGAAUUAGGGGCUAGCAUAAAUUUAAUGCCCCUAUCCAUGUGCAGAAAGAUAGGAAAUCUGGAGAUCCUACCAACUAGAAUGACACUGCAGUUAGCGGAUCGUUCAAUCACAAGGCCAUAUGGUGUAGUGGAAGAUGUAUUGGUCAAUGUGCGUCACUUCACAUUCCCUGCUGAUUUUGUGGUCAUGGACAUAGAAGAAGAUGCUGAGAUUCCACUGAUCUUAGGUCGUCCAUUCAUGUUGACAGCCAAAUGCAUGGUUGAUAUGGGAAAGGGUAACCUUGAAAUGAGUGUUGAUGAUCAGAAGGUUACUUUUAAUUUGUUUGACACAAUGAAGCAUCCAAGUGACCAUAAAGCAUGUUUUAAGGUGGAGAAGGUUGAACAGGAGGUGGACACGAUGGCUAGAGCUAUGGUAUUGCAAUCCCCAUUAGAAAAAGCACUGACCAAUGCCAUGGAUUGUCUGACAAAAGAGGAAGAGAAAGAAUUGCAUAACUACCUAGAAGAGUUAGAAGGAUUGGAGGGAAGUUCUUCAGAAAAAGUUGUGUUUGAAGAAUUGAAGAAGGACGUUCCUACAGAGAAGGCUAAAAUGGACCUAAAGACUCUACCAGAGCAUCUGAAAUAUGUGUUCUUGGGAGAGAAUGAAGCAAAUCCAGUGAUUAUCAGCAACUCUUUGACGGAUAAUGAGGAGUCUCGACUAGUGGAGGUUUUGAAGAAGCACAAGGCAGCUAUUGGAUGGCACAUUUAUGACCUUAAGGGAAUUAGCCCUUCCUAUUGCAUGCAUAAAAUUAACAUGGAAACCGAGUACAAGCCUGUGAGACAGGCGCAAAGAAGAUUGAAUCCUUCUAUGAAGUAG